UUAUGUCUUCCACCUGCACAGGUAGGCAACACAAGUCGUGCACGUGAGCGCACAUGACAUCCGCAGCAGCCGGCACUGGACAGACCAUUCUAGGGGGGGACGCUCUCCGGGAGUGCUGUUCGGCUGGCCUAGGCCAUGAAUCACGAAGUCCGGCCUUCCGAAGAUGGGCGAAUGACAUGCUUGACAUCAAAAGCAUUGAUUGCAAAGUGUGCUUUAAAUUUGUGUGCGCUCUUGACUGCAUUUCAUGAUAUACCCAGCAGAGUAUUCGGGACGUGCUUCCUCUCAAGUCGAAGGAAGGAGUUGUCGACGUCAGCUUGACCGAUGGAGGAAUUGUGGCGCGAGCCCCAAGACCAGCCCAGAGUCACUGGGAGGUAGCUCAGCAGUGUCAGCAGAUGGAAAUAUGCCAACAUUGCAAUGCCGUGACGGGGCGACAU